AUGAAUAAUAUUCAAAAUGCAGAUAACUCAAAUUCAAAGUUCUCUUAAAAAAGAGGAAGGAUUUUGAAAAGAAACGCUUAGAAUAUUUUAGAUAUGCAAUAUGGAGAAAGUACAAUUUCUUCUAUUUAGAAUAUUUCAUCUUUAAACUAAAUAGACGAACCCUUAAACCAAAACUAUGAAUCUAAUAGGAAGCAAUCUAAAAAGUUUCGUUAGAACUCAGAAAAAGAUAUUCAAGUAUAAGUUGUGGAAGACUAGUUAGCUAUUGAUGAUUAUCAAGAGGAGCAAGAAGAACAUCAAUAAUAUAACUAAUAAUACCAAAUUUUAGAAGAAAUUUACACAAAUGCUACUAAAAAUAUUAAACUUGGGAGAUAUGAAUAAGCAAUAGAGUAGCUGAAUAAUAUCAUAAAUGUUACAAGUGAUAAUUUUUAACGAGCCAAGGCUAAGACUCAGCUUGGGACUUUAUUUCAAAUAAUUUAAAAGGAUGAAUUAGCUAUAGAAAUGUACACUUCUAGCCUUUAGGAUUAUAUUUUAAACGAUAAAACUCACCUCAACAUUGGAAUACUCUACUUAUAGAAGUUUUUAUCUAAUCGCUAAGAAAAUAAUAAAUAUAUUUCAAAUGCUCUUAACCACUUAAAUUAGAGCAUAAAACUCAAUCCAAGAAACUAUGAAGCAAAUUUUAAUAUAGCCUGUGCAUUUUUAGAGCAAAAUAAUUAAUCAUAGGCUGAAGUCUAUUUGAAUAAGUGCAUUAAAAUUGAUUCAAGAAAUCCUAAUGCAUAUCGAGUUUUGGCAGGAAUAUUUCAUGAAUCUAAAAAAUUCGAAAAGGCAAAGGAGUUCUAUAUAAACGCUGUAAAAAUUCGUCCUAUUGAUACUGAUUAUUAUAAUUUAGGUUUGGUCUGCAUGAUUAUGAAUAAUUUCAUAGAAGCCUAGCAGUUUUUCAUUAAAUGUAUUUCAGUCAAUAAAGAGUAUUCAACUGCAUAUAUAAAUUUAGGUCUAAUUCAUUUCAUGAAUAAUGAAUAUGACGAAGCUGAAAAAUAUUAUUUGGAGGCUAUUUCAAUAGAUGAAAACUCCUUUGAGGCUUUGUCAAAUUUAGGUAAUUUGUACUUCCAUAAGAAGCUAUACACAUAAGCAGAAGAAUUGUAUAUCAAAGCUAAGUAAGUAGAUUAUUAAUUGUAUAAUAGCAAUCAAAAUGCUUUCCUUCUACUUAAUUUAGGAAGAGUUUAAUUUGAAACACAAAAAUUCGAUGAUGCUCUCAAUAACCUUAUGAAUGCUUUUUAAUUAGAUUAAUAACUCUACUUUUCUCUUAAAAUAAUAGCAGAUAUUUACAUCAUUCAAAACCAAAACAUAAAAGCAGAAGUAUUCCUAGAAUAAUAUUUAAAUCAUGAAAGUAAUGAUGCUGAUGCAUAUUUCAAAUUAGCAAAUAUUCAAUAUAAAACUCUCUAAUAUAAUAAAGCAAACAAAAAUUUAAAUUAGUGUCUUAAACUAAAACCCAAUCAUGCAAAAGCACUAAAAAUGUAAAAUGAGCUAAAGAAUGUCGUUGAAUGA